AUGGAUAUUCCAUUUUCAAUAUAUUUAGAUGUUGAACAGAUUAACGCAGUUAGCGAGACCGAUAAGUUAACAAUUUCGACUUAUCCUGUUAAUAUUACGUUGGACCAUACAAUUGGAGAUAUCAAACAACUGAUAUGGAAGAAUUCACAAGAUUAUUCCUUAAGGCCCAUAUUUUUGACUAUACAAUAUAAUGAAAGAGUAGUGAAAGAUCAUGAACGGUUAUGCGAUGUGUUGCAAAUGCCUGAAGCACCAGAUGCUCCAAUUCUUCAUGCAUUUAGGCUAAUAAUUGAUUAUAGACUUUUCAAUUCUCCGAGUAUACCAAGACGAGAUCCAGUAGAAGAAUUGUUUGAUAUAAUUAUUGAUUUUGAAGAGUUGGAAGGAAGGGAUCAUGAUUUCAAGAUAAGAGAAACAUUGGAUUGUACCAUUGGAGUUUUGAAGGAUUAUAUUGUAGAGGAGAAGGCAAAACGCGGAUCAACCUUCAAUAAGGAAUCUUUCAAAUUGAUUUCAAAAUCUAACAAUUUGGUGUGCUCAGACAAUGAACUGCGUUUGGGUAGGGUUCUACAAUUAGACGUCACACCAUUAAAACCUAUGUUAUUUAAAGUUCAAGCUAAUAAUAUAUCAAAUGGUGCGGUCAGCGGCCGUAGCAGGAGAUUUCAUAUCAAAAUAGAUUCCGUAAUUUCUGCAUUAGGUGAAGGUAAUAACCUCUUUGAAGUAAACUUCCGAACAACUAUGCAUGAGUUCAAGCAACAGAUAAUAGAGAGGAUGGAUUAUCAGUCCGUUAGAAGAACUUUUUUUGAUCAAGUUAAAUUGUAUUAUGCUGCUCAGCUAAUUGGAAAUACAACAGAAAUAAAUGAAAGUCCACUCUACGACGUAUUAUUGUUAAACGAUGAGGUCUUGAGCCAUAGUAAUGGAAUAAUUGCUAUGAAUCUUGAGGUCACAGAUAGUUUGAGUGGGAAUGGUGGAGUUUUGAGCCGAGACUUUUGGCAAGAUUUACGUUCUCACAAUAGAUUUGAGUUUUCACCAAACGGGACUAAUUAUUUAAGAAACUUCGCUGAAAACGACAAUAAUUCCCGUAAUAUCUCCCCCAUCGAACCAACAAGAAUUAUUUUAGAAGGAGGAGUAGAAUGGAAUUUAACUGGUGAAACUUUUGAAGUCAUUCAACAAAAUGUGAGGGACCAGAAUGUCCAUAAUCAACCUCGAAGAAGAGUUUUGGUAAAUCAAACGAACCUUGCUUCUGUUGAUUACGAGUUUGCGUUACAGGUUCCUGGUGAAAACAUAGAAAGGAAGGUUAUUUUAAACACAUCGCAGUGUAUUAUUGUUGACAACGGUUCACACCAACCUUAUGUAUUGUUGAACCCCGCGGGUGCCGCAAUGCUUAAUUCUGUCUUUAGGCUGACAAAUAAUGAGACGUUAAUACAGAAGGUUAACGUACUCAUGCACGAUGAUCAUCAAAAUACUUUGGGAAACGGGAAUCCAGACCCACAAGUAAAUAAUAUUGCAAAUGAAAAUGAUAACAAUAGAAUUCCUUUAGCAGAUAACCAAGGUGGUACAAUAAUCAACAUUGCCAUUGACUUGAUGAGAAAUAAUUUAAGAAGAUGGGUCAGCACCAUAAUGAGAACCCUUUUUCUCAUAUAUAUCUUGGGAAUUAAUGCCCUUUUCAUGGCUUUCUGGAAGGAACUAUUGGCUUAUGGAAUAGUAUUUGGAACUUUUUACAUACUGGUUUUUGCUGGAAAUGAUAUUGCCAAUUGGAUAGAGGAAAAGUUUCAUUUGAAUGCUAGUGACAACAGACGGAGAAGAAUUGAUGAAAUAUUACUUUUAAAGUUAACCAGGGUCUUACAUUUUACAGAUACAGUUACCACCAAUAUAUUUUCAAUUCUUAGAAAUGAAUUAAUUCGUACGGCUAUCGACAGAACUAGACCAUACGAAUAUGUGUUUCACAAUGAAUUUGGGCAAGAAAGCUUAUGGCACGAUAUUGUUGAAACGUUUAGCAAUUUGUGGAAAGACAGUCUCUUAAUGCUAUUGUUGCUGUUCCCGUCUUUUUCAAGCAAAAUAUACGAGGAGCUAGAAAAAUGGAGAUCGAGCGAAAUAGACGAUUUAGCCCUUAAGGUCAGAAUACUACGCGAGUUAACGGUGGAUGCCAUAGAUAACCGAGCACAAGGCUCAAAUAACCCAAAGUUUACCGAGGACUUUAUACAUCAGUAUACGGGCUACGUAUACAAUGAUUUGAUACAAGAUUCAUCUGAAUCGUACACAUCGACUGAGGACCGCUACCAAUCUUUACUCGAGUACUAUAUAAAAUUGCAUUACCUUCAUACCGACAUAGACAGAUUACUCGCGAAUCAUGGACCGGAUCCAGCAACCGCAGUUGAUCCCACACAUUUGCAAACUGAUGAAUAA